AUGGCUGAGACAGGGGGAAUGGAGUUGUUCCAAGGGCGUGUAACUCAUGUGAUUGACCCAUUCAACUUCUGGGCUCAGGUUGGAACAGAACAAGAUAUAGAGAGUUUCAGGUGGUUACAAGAAGAGUUAUAUAAGUUCUGUGAGGGAAUAGGGUGUAUUAGAAUUACUGGUAGACUGGAGAAUAUAGACAGUGGUUGUUGUGUUCUUGUUAAACACAAUGGUAACUGGUAUAGAGCUCAGGUAGCCCGGAUUGAUAGUGAUAAGCGAAAGUUAGAUAUAGUAUAUGUGGACUAUGGUGAUUCUGAUAUGGUAUCAAUAGAUCAAGUCUGUUUAGCUUGUCCCAUCAUAUUUACAAUGUUAAAACCUCAAGCUUCCAAAUGUCGUCUGGCUGGUAUUACUCCUUUGGCAAAGAACUGGACUAGUCGAGGUAUUAAUUAUUUUAAAGAGAUAACAAAAGGGAAGAUAUUUCAAACAGCUAUUGUAAGAAUUAACAAUCAGUUUAUGUAUGAUGAAGUCUCACUAUAUACCAGUGAUAAAGAAGGGAGGUCAUUGGCUCAUAUCUUAAUGCAGGAAGAAAUUGGAAUAGCAAAUGAUGAAGAAGUGCCAGAAUUCAGCCGGGAUGUAAAAUCAAGAAUGCCAGAAUCAUAUCUGGAGAACUUUUCCUAUGAUACAGAUGAUCUCUUAACAUCCGAUUAUACAAACAGUCCAGUUGGUUUUGACCAAUCAGAUGGCAGGGAAUCAGUUCAAUCAACCAAUCAGCAAUCAUUUAAUAUCAAUCUUUACAAUAUGUCUGAUUCAUCCAAUAACAGAUCAGAUAACAACAGUCCACAUAAUCAGUCCAAUUCAUCCAAUAGGAGGCUUUAUAACGAGAGUCCGUAUGAAAUGACGAACAUCAUCAACAGUCGUUACUAUGGCAACAAUCAGCAGGCAAUAAACACCACCUAUACAACAGGAUUUUACAGUGAUUCUGAUUCGUCCAGUGUAACCAGUCACAAACAACAUAAUAAAGCCAAUCAGAUGUCCGGUUGCAAACAGUCAUCUGGUCUGUCCAAUCAGAAUGCUUCUCAAAAAUAUGGUAAAGAGAGCAGAAGAUUAUAUAUGGCUGACAAUGCUUCAAAUUCUACAGAGCCUCUUUCUGGAUUAUCAACUCCAUUGAAUUAUUCUACAGAUUUUGGAUCAGGAGAUGAAAAUUUUAAUUCGAAGAAUUCAUUUCAAAGUAUUUAUUCGAAUUCUUGGUCAACGGCUGCACCAAUUGCUAAACAAGAUUCUUCAGAUCAAUCCAAUAACUUUUGGUCAAAUUUUCCCAGCGAGGAUCAAGUAAAAACAGCCCUGCCUAGCAUAUGGUCAUAUAACUAUACAGCAACUAAUGGAGACCACAUCAAUAAUAUUUGGUCUACGAAUGAUGGAUCAAACAUUUGGUCAGCAGUACCAACUAAUAUUGAAGAUAAACCUAUACCUGUAGAACCUCCAUCUCCAGAAAUUCUUAUACCUGGGUUUAAUCUGUCAACCAUCAUGAAAACUAAGUCAGCAUGCCCUGAUGAAAUUCAGGAAGUACGAGAUGUAGAAAGAAGAGUAACAACUAAAACAGAAGUUGUAGAUAAUAUGGAACAGAUUUAUGAAGAACUUGAGAAAGAUGAAUCUAAAGACAUCAUUAACUGGGGAAGGUCAGAUCUGAGUAUUGGUACACCUGAUACAUCUCAACCACCUGAUGUUUAUGAUAAUAUCAAGUCACAGAUAGAGUCAAUUAGUCCAAUGAAUAAAGCCCAAUAUAAACUCCCACCUAGUGAUAAAAAACCUACUCCACCCCCUACAGCUCAGUAUUCUCAUCAAUAUACACCCCACUACCCCUCACGUUAUCAAAAACCACCCCCACAGAAAUAUACACAACCAGCUAGAUUUCAGCAAAAAGAAAAUCGUUCCAGUCAACCAAAUAGAUCCAGUCCUAAACUAAAUUCUAGGCAGCAAAUUUUAGAGGCAAUAAUUCUUGAAGAUAGUUUUAAACCUGUAGUUAAAUUAGAAAAUUCAGAAGAGGCUGAAUACAGAUUCUCUAAGAAAAUUGAAAAAGUAUUAAAGACAAUAGAGAAUGAAGAAGAUCCUGUUAUUGUCUGUGAUAAAAUACAUUCUAUUGUUCCUCCAGAAAAUGAUGGUUGUGAAGCCAAUGUGUUAUCUGUAUGUUUAGAAACUAUAUUAGACCGAGCAGUGCUUGAUAAACAAAAUACACAGAAAUUACUGACUAUUUUAGACUCGUACUCUCAUUGUGAUAUAUUUGGUGCGUGUAUGGAGUAUGUAAUAAAGAAAUUAAGUAAAGCCUAUCUUAAACUUCCUGUUCGUAAAACAUAUCAUACAGACUACUCUAUAGUCCUAGUUAAACUAUUACAACUUUCUAAUUAUUGGCCUGACAGUGUAUCUGGUUCUAUACAGGAGUUGAUAUUGUCUACUGUUGAAAGAUGGAUUAUAUUCAACAAAAAGGGUUUGCAAGGUGGGCCUGAAAUCCAGAGUUUAAGUGAGUUGUAUAUCGAUUGUCUUGAAAGUGUCUGGUUGUUAGUGUCUGAAGUCUUGAGUGAUGAGUAUCCAGAUAAAUAUCAGUAUUAUAUUGAACAGAUAGAAGAGAAAUUUCUAGCUGAUGGUUUAAGAAGUGCCUACAGAGCCAAGUUAUUUGGUAUAUAUAAAUCCAGUUUGGUACAUCAGCAGAUUAACCUAAAACUUUCAUCACAAUCCAAACCUGCAACCGAUUCAGUUUGCUAUGUUGAUACACCAGUAUUAAAAUCAGAGAUGAUGACACAGACAGACAGACUGGAACUUGAAUCACGUGGUGUACAGACUGAAGAUAAUGCUGAUGAUAUACAAGUUCCAGAUGAAUGGUGGCUUCGAGAUUCUGUUACAUCAGAACAACAAUAUCAAGGUGAUGAAAGUUUUUCAAAAAAUACAGAUUCUCAAGAUCUCAAUCAAAGCUGUGACACUUCCAUGGAACAAAGGAACUCAAAUUUAGAGCGUAUCUCAAGUUUCUCAGAAAUUUAUCGAUUGGAAGAAUUGAGGCACAGUCGAUCAAACUCUCCCUUAGCAACAAGAAGUAAUACUAGUCAAGAAACUAACCAAUCAAUGGAACAGCUGAAAUCACCCAAAUCUGGUCGUCAAGGCAUUGAAUCGCCAGUAGCUACAAGAGAUAAUGAAGCUCCAUAUAAAAAGGAAAAUAAGGAUGCACUCAAUGAACAUGAAUCCAAAAUGGCUGUUCAUCACAAUCCUGAUCAAGAAUAUGACGACCAGGAUUUGCCAACUAGAGAGGAAGAAUCUGCAGAGAGUGUGACCUUUGACCCACAUGUAUUAAAUGGAAAACAUCCCAAAGAAGAUCAUUCGAAAUCAGCAGAUUUGUUCACUCCAUUAUUUAAAAAGAAAUCAUCUGCUUCAAAGAAAUCAAAGUCUAAAUAUGGUUCAUGGGCAGAUUGUGUGAAAAAAGACAAUGUGGAACCAGAUUCAGGAAGCCUUCAUUCUGAUCACUUGAAACAUUUAGCAAUACAAACAUUAAAAUCUGGAGUUUUGAAGGGAAAAAAUGUCCAGGCCAGACGGCAGCUAUCUUCUGAAGAGUUGAAAGUGUUGGUCAAACCUGCAGCAGAUGGCCUGACAGAAGAAUCCAUCUCAUCUCCUAGCACUGAGGUUCAUCACCAACCAAAUUCUUCUUCCAGAACACUUUCUUCUUUAAUUGACCAAUCACCAAAGCCAGCUAUGCAACCAUCAUCAACACCAUCCAAACCAGUAUCAGAACUGAAAUUCGUUCCUUAUGGUAACAAAACUAAAGACCGUUCUAUGCCUCAAGGUAAAUUCUUACCACCAAAAAGAGUGCCUACUAACUUAACUACUACCAAAGGUCAUCCAUUAACACCCAAACCUUCAACAAAGCCUGUACCUCUCAAACCAUCCAAAAUCAUCCAUGGUCGUGAUCUACCAGAGCAAGCUAAGUUAACUCGCAGACAAAUGGAAGAAAGAGCUGAAAUGGAGGCUAUGAGAAAAUUCCCACCAAAAAUAGCUCUGCAGCAAACUAAUCGUCCUGACAACCAAUCUAAUAAAUACAGAAGGCCAACAGAUGUAUCAGAAUGGCCUAGUUUGAAUUCAGACAAGGAUUCAAAAGCUCCGAAAAAAAUCUCAAAAAGCUCAAGUAACAAUACUUCAUUACAUUCCAUAGCAACAGACAUCUUAAUGGCAGAAAAUAAACCUUCACGUGUAAGUGACCAAAACCUCUCGUUCCAGAAACAAACAGUUGGUUUUAAUUCCAGUGACUCUUCCAGAGCAGAUAAACCUAAUGGACCUAAGGGAGAUAAUUCAGAAACUACAAAUGUGGAAUGUAAAAGUAGUCACUAUGACAACAGUGAUGAAUGGGAAUCAGACUUUAGUGAUGAUGACAUCAUGGUUACCGGGGCAACAGAUUGUAAACCUGCUAGCCCACCUCUCGCACAACAAGUUUCCCCUCCUAAAACCCCUACUUAUCAAUUUCGCCCCACCAGACAGGACUAUGGUUGGUCGCCGAAAACUCGUACUUGUACUAAUUGUGGGGAGACAACUCAUGUAGUGUAUGACUGUCCUCGAAAAUCCAGCAUUUUAUUUUGAAAUUAUUUUGUGAUAUGAUUUAAAGUUGGUCAAGGAUAUUUAUGCACAUCCAGAUCCAACAGGGCUUGAAUACUGAUAAUUGAUAUUAUAAUUUUAUUGCUAGGUCCAAAUGAGUUCUUUUAUUACCUUAAAAUAUUGCCAAAAUAUGCUAUAGACAUCUAUGUAUCUACUUGAUGAAACUGAAUUUGUUUUAAAAGGGUUACUAAAAAACGGAGAGUACCAAUUGUUAAUUAAGCAGUUUGACCUAGGUUUGGUGUUUGGCUUUAUUGUGGCUUGAUAUUAUUAGUUAUAUAACAGAAUAUGUAGGAGACAAAUUUCUCUAUGAUUAGGCAUUUAUUUUACUUAAAUCCGUUCAGUAGUUUUCUAACAGCUUCAAAAAAGCUGAACGAUCUUAAAAAGUUUAUGUAAUGAUAAAGGUCUAGUUUUACAAAAUCCAGUCGAAAAAAAUUACCAUUAGGACAUGAAAUAUUAGCUAGUGGUAUGAGAUAAAGGUAUGCAUAAGUUUCCUUAAUCAUUCAUUCUUGUUAAUCAGUUUUGUUUUUUUGUGUGAUAAUUAGGACAAAGUGUGUCUGUUUUCAAAGCUUUAAAGAUUUC